AUGCCCGGCACAAGAUCACUCAAGCAGACCGACUCCUUCAACUCGUCCGGGGCGACCAUCAUGCCCGAAGUCGUCUCCCGCACCGACUCGCGCACCCACGGAUCAAGAUCCGGAUCCGGCUCCGGGUCUGGGUUCGGCGGGAACAGUAUCCGGAUGCUGUCUUCCCAGGACUCGGUGUCGCGGGAGUUCGACGCGGCUCUUGGUGCGGGAGAUGAUGGGAUGAUCAGGCUGCUUCAGGGACAGAGCAACUCGGGCCAAUGGGACUUCAAGUCUGACUUUCUGCGCGAGCUCAACCUCCCCGACGAUUCCCCCCACCUCGACCUCCCAGCCGACGGCUCAUUUCACUUUGACCCGACCAUGCUCUCCGCGGAUCCAGCCGCGCACUCCAUCACCGACGACCUCGCAUACCCACAACCCACGACCUCUCCCACCAACUUCCAGAACCUCAAACUGGAGACCUCCGCCUCGCCUUUUGCCCCAUCCCCGUCUCUCGUCCCCGACUUCCGCCCGGCCUCGGCACAUUCGUUUCACUCCAACCACUCGGCCCUCUCGGUCCACUCGGUCCAUUCGCAGUCGCACUCGUACCAUUCCCGAGGCGGGACCCACCGCGACAGCAUCUCGGGCAGCGAGUACUCGUGCUCCGCCACGGAUGUUUCAGAGGACCAGGACGUGCCCAUGACGUCGGUGACGGGGACGGGUCUGGGGCAAGGCGACGCGCUCACCGAGCUGAACCUCGCGGGCAUGGAGCUCGGCGAGGGCGCGACGAUGCAGUGGGCGGCGUACGAGGCUGUGAGGAGGCAAGUGGACGGGGUCAGUCCGGCGGUCAUUGGGCUGGGACACGCGGGUGUCAAUGGCCAAGGGCAAGGGCAGGCGCAAGGGCUAGGGACAGGGCAAGGGGGAAGACUCGGUCCGAUCAGAGGUGUUGGCAGUGGCGGCGGUGGUGGGGACGAUGACAAGAAGCGAUUCGAUCGGCUUGAGCACCGCCGAUCGAUCAACCGCAGAUCCGCCCAAAAGCACCGCGCUCGAAGGAAGGAAGAACUCGAGACCCUCACGCAGACCAUCGCCGAGCGCGAUUCCCGGAUCGCAUUCCUCGAAAAGGAGCUGGCCGUGGAGAAGGCAAAAUUCCAGCAGAUGGUCGGGUUCAUCAAGGAUCAUACGGUGGUUGGCGCGAGGUUCGCGCAGAGUCAAGCGGCGCAGGCGCAAGCGGCUCAGGGACAAGCGCAAGCGCAGGGUCAAAGUGGGGGACGAAUGGGCGAUAAUGGGAGUGCGGCGCAGGGUGGAGCGGCGGUCGGCAGGGAAGGGAAACGGAGAAGUGCGAGAUUGGGCGAUCCUGGCCCGUGAGACGUGUGA